AACUUGAGUCAUUUUGUAAACCCUUAUCUGGUGCAUGCAUCCGGCUAUCUCAGAGAAAUUUCAACUUGGUAAAGAAGCCCAGAGCUGAUUUCUGCCUCCUGGAAUGCUCUUAGUUGUUGGUAGUCAACAGACGUCUCAACACAGACAGGCACAGAGGAGGUUCCCGCUGAGAAAGAAAACACAGACAGAGAAGUCGGAGAGCUCAUUUCAGGAUAAAGCUUCAAAGGAAAAGAAGUGCUUUCAGCAUAAACAAAGCUUGCCCGUGGACCAGCAGAGGCAAGAGGAUUCUUCUUCCAGGUAUUGCUGGUCCCGGGAUGAGGAUGAUGCUCCGAAGUGGACAGCUGGCCCUCCUGCUGCUGCUCUGUGGCCUGCAGACACCCACGGGGUGCUCUAAGGUUACAAUUAAAGUCAAUUUUGACUUGGCACCAGAUUCCUUUGAUGAUCAAUACCAAGGCUGUAGCAAACAGGUCAUGGAUGAGCUCAGUCGAGGAGAUUAUUUCACAGAGGAAAUAGAUGCCCAUAAGAAUUACUACGGGGCAUGGCAAAAAGCCCACUUAAACUGGCUGAGCCAAGAAAAAGCUCUCCCCGCCAACAUGACAACUAUACAUGCUCUGGCUCUCUUGGUUUACACACUGAAUAACCAUGUGCGCUCUGACUUUUCCAGGGCCAUGGCCAACGCUGCCAGGUCUCCACAGCAGUACAAACAUUCAUUCCAUUUCAAGUAUCUGCACUACUACCUGACCUCAGCAAUCCAGCUGCUGAGGACAAAGCUCAGCAUGACGAGUGACACUCUGUGUUACGAGGUAUACCAUGGUAUGAAGGAUGUCCACCUGGCAGCCAAGAUAGGUGACACUAUUCGAUUUGGCCAGUUCCUUUCCACCUCCCUCCUAAGAGAAGAGGCACAAAAGUUUGGGACAAAAACACUAUUUACCAUAUCUACCUGCCUGGGUGCACUUGUACAAGACUUCUCCCUCCGGAAGGAGGUCCUGAUCCCUCCCUAUGAGUUGUUUGAAGUUGUAAAUACGAGCUACCACCCCAAAGGAGAUUGGAUGCAAUUGCGGUCAGCCGGGAACUUGAGCACAUAUAACUGCCAGCUGCUAAAAGGUUCCAGCAAGAAGUACAUCUCUACUCCUAUAGUUACUGCGUCUAUCUGCUUCUUGGCCAGUGUUAUCAUCUCUUCCAAAAGCAGAGUGUAGAGGAAUUCUGUGGCUCCUUUAAAAUAAAUAUGAAAUGAAAACUG